AUGGUCAAGUCCAUUAUCCUAGAGACUUUGUACUCCCCCGCACAGUACCCUGCUCUGAUGAAAUCUCUCGAUGGCCUCAUUUCGGGCAACCUGACGGCGGCGGUAGAUCUCGGCUCGUCGUCGGGCGAUUUGGAAUCGUCGACGAAUGCGUCUUCCCGCACGAGCACCUUUGAUGAGUUUGCGCCCGUUGUCGAUCGCGCGUACAGUGUCAGUCGCUUCGACGGUGACAAGGUGCCGGCGACCUCGAUGCAGUGUGCUUGGUGGAAGAUGGCGGCCAAGGAGCGGUUCGGCGGCAACUUUGAUGUCACCACGCGGCAGCCCGUGCUGCUGAUGGGAAACGCGCACGACCCUGUCACGCCGCUGGUUUCGGCAAAGAAUCUUUGCGUCUCGUUGCGAGGAAGCGUGAUAUUGGAGCAGCAUGGAUUCGGCGUACGUUUCCAGCCAAACCCGCAACUGUUGCGUCACGCCAACUCUCUCUCUUCCGGGAAGCAUGCGUUUGUUGCGCAAGCUUCUCGGUGUACCGCCAAGGUCAUUCAGCAGUACUUUUUGCACGGCACGCUGCCAAAGCAUGGAAAGGUUUGCCCGGUCGACGAUGCCCUGUUUUAG